AUGAACUCCGGCGAGCGUACCGGUGGCGGCGGGGACGGCGACGGUGACGCGCAUAAGGGCAGCCGGUCGGGCGGCGGCGGCGCGGCGACGGCCGGAGCGCGAGCUGUGAGCGCGCUGUGCCUGCUGCUCUCCGUGGGCUCGGCGACCGCUUGCCUGCUGCUGGGCGCUCAGACAGCCGCACUGCAGGGCCGGGUGGCAGCGCUGGAGGAAGAGCGGGAGCUCUCCAGGCGCGCGGGGCCGCCGGGCCCACUGGCAGCCUGGGCCGAGCCGCACCUGGAGCGCCUGCUGCGCGAGAAGUUGGAUGGACUGGUCAAGCUCCGGACUGUUCGGGAAGCACCAUCCGAAUGUGUCUGCCCCCCAGGGGCCCCUGGACGGCGUGGCAAACCUGGGAGAAGAGGCGACCCCGGUCCUCCAGGGCAAUCAGGACGAGAUGGCUACCCGGGACCCCUGGGUCUGGAUGGCAAGCCUGGACUCCCAGGCCCUAAAGGGGAAAAGGGUGUACCAGGAGACUUUGGCCCCCAGGGAGACCAAGGGCAAGAUGGAGCUGCUGGACCUCCAGGGCCCCCUGGACCUCCUGGAGCCCGGGGCCCUCCUGGAGACACUGGGAAGGAUGGCCCCAAGGGAACACAAGGCCCAGCGGGCCCCAAAGGAGAGCCUGGACAAGACGGCGAGAUGGGCCCCAAGGGACCGCCAGGGCCCAAGGGUGAGCCUGGUGUGCCUGGAAAGAAGGGGGAUGACGGGAUGCCAAGCCAGCCAGGGCUCCCUGGACCCCCAGGGCCCAAGGGUGAGGCAGGAAGUGUGGGGCCCCGAGGAGAGGACGGCAUGGAUGGUGCCCCAGGACCAAAGGGAGAGCCCGGCCACCAAGGAAAGGAGGGAGCAGUAGGGCCCCGGGGUUCCCCAGGCCUCAAGGGCGAACAAGGAGACACAGUGGUGAUUGACUAUGAUGGCAGAAUCUUGGAUGCCCUCAAGGGUCCUCCCGGGCCACAGGGACCCUCAGGGCCACCAGGGAUCCCUGGAGCCAAGGGCGAGCUUGGACUGCCUGGUGCCCCAGGAAUCGAUGGAGAGAAGGGUGCCCGAGGACCAAAAGGAGACCCAGGAGAACCUGGGCCAGUUGGACUCAAAGGGGAAGCAGGCGAGAUGGGCUUGUCUGGCCUCCCGGGUGCCGAUGGCCCCAAAGGGGAGAAGGGAGAGUCAGCAUCUGACAGCCUACAGGAGAGCCUGGCCCAGAUCAUAGUGGAGCCGGGGCCCCCUGGCCCUCCUGGGCCCCCAGGCCCCAUGGGCCUUCAGGGAGUUCAGGGUCCCAAGGGCUCAGAUGGAGCAAAAGGAGAGAAGGGCACAUCAGGCGAGAGAGGCCCCAGCGGCCUGCCUGGGCCUGUUGGCCCACCGGGCCUUAUUGGGCUACCAGGAACCAAAGGAGAAAAGGGCAGACCUGGGGAGCCAGGACUAGAUGGUUUCCCUGGACCCCGAGGUGAAAAAGGUGACCGGAGUGAGCGUGGAGAAAAGGGAGAACGAGGGGUCCCCGGCCGUAAAGGAGUGAAGGGCCAGAAGGGUGAGCCAGGACCGCCAGGCCUGGACCAGCCGUGUCCUGUGGGCCCCGACGGGCUGCCGGUGCCUGGCUGCUGGCAUAAGGUACCUUGA